CAACGGCAAAAUUUCUGGGAUAAGAAUCGGCUGGCAAUUUAUGGAGGCCUUGCGCGCAUUGCAGGUGUACGGCACUACUGUCAGCAUUCGUUUUCUUCAGCAAGAGCCGCCACGAACGCAAUUAUGGCCAUGGUAUGUGUUUUAAACUAUUAAGUAGUCCGUGGUAGCUAGAUGAAGUUGAAGCUUCUGGAUCAUGUGACUCUACAGGGACAAAGCACGCUCCUCAUAUGAAGGAUUGAUCUUUUACAAUAUGCAAAACUUGGUCUUGAAGUUGAACUUAAAUACAAGUCCAGUCGCUUAUUGCUUUCUCUCAUAGGAGGAUCCUCGGCCAGCAUCCCCGUCCCAGUGUUGCUCCAUAUCCUUCAUAGUGAUAGUAUGAGAAACCCAUCGCCAUAUGUUGUAACGCGGGGGUCGUAGUGUACGCGUGACAACUUCUGAGAGGUAAACGAAUGCCCCUGACCUUGACCACGUUGCUUCCUAGGAAUCGUAGGCUUCUAAGAUAAAGCGAGGAGCCGAAGGCGAAGCUGGUUCCUCGUCAGAGUA